CUUUCUUAAUCCGACUUACCUACAGUUGCAACAACCUCUCCAACUGACAAGAGGCUGCACCAUAUCAAAUACCAACAUCACCUCCACAUAAUUAUAUGAACAAGGGAGCUAGGCAGCAAAACAAGAAGCCAAACCAGGAAAACUAUGGGCAUGUUAAGAUUGUAUCCACAAGAUUCAGCAGUCCAACUUGAGUGGUCCUUGGAGAAUAUCACCACAACAUUCUUCAAAUGUAUCAGAUGGCAGGUGGAAGAAACAACAGAUCCUAUCAACUGUCCUUACCAUUAUUUCUGUGACAGCACUUAUCCAGGGAAUUAUCCAUACAUCGUAGACAUUUUAGUACUGAGCUUCACAGCACUUUCUUAUCUAUCAACUCUGGUCUUUACCGUUCUGGAAAUCUCAAGGGGCAAAGGUGCCUGUUAUAUUCAGUCAUCAAGGAGGUAUUGGCUGCCUUCUGGUCCAAUCGCCUUUCCACUUAUCCUCCUGGCCCUUGCCAAGGGCCACCGCAUCAAUACCAUAUUUCCACUCUCAUGCAUGGGACCUGCACUCCUUCAAUUGGUUUACAUUUCUGCUCUUGCUUUUAAUAAUGUAGCUGACAAGAAUAUCAUUUAUGCCUUGUUUGAGUUGUCAGCAGUUUCUGGAAUCUUGCACUCUAGUCUCUACUUGGAUUCCAUCAUUUUGCCAUACUACACUGGACUGGAUGCUCUAGUUUCAUCAACCUUCUCUGGUGAGUGCAUAUCAUGUGUGUGCCGGAAGGAAGCUCUAGUGGUAGGAGGGAGGUUGGUCUCAUACAGAGGAUGGUCAGCAACAACGUUUUCUGUUGUUGCCACAUUGCUUUGGAGGAUUUUCUGCAAUUUGUCUGGAGAAGAGAAGGGAAGAAUUCUGUUGGUUAAAUUCAUAUUGGAAGGCCUGGGUUGGAUCUUGAUAACCAUAGAUUGUCUUUAUCUCAUGAUAAAUUCAAUACAACUCAGGUCACUCGAAGGAGGGGUGGCUUUUGGGUGUCUACUUGUUUUAAUUUCUCUUCGCAUCUUAAGAAUGCUGUGCACUCCAUUGUGUGGCUCGAUGCCAUUUUGGGCAUUGAAAAAGGAAAUAGGUUCAAAAUCUGGCAUCAUGAUACAAUAAUGGGAACAAGAUUAGUAGUUUAUCAUGUAAAUUGCACUUUUUUUUAUCGCUCUUGGAUUUAC